AUGAAAUAUGAUGCUGCAUGUACCUUCUGCAGGAAACAUAAAACUACAAUUAAAUAUGUCAUCUAUAGCAUUUUGUUGGCAGGUUUCCUGGCAUUGGUGAUUGCAGCUUGUGUGCUGAACUUCAGAAGAGCAUUGGCUCUCUUUGUACUUACUGUACUGGUCAUCUUUUUUGUAUGCUGGGAUUUAUUCAUUGACAGAUUUGAAGGCAAAAUUGUGAAAUUCUUCUCCCCGGUUGGAGCAUUUCUCAAGAAACAAUGGUUCUGGAUGAAAUGGGUAAUAUGGAUAAGCCUUGUUGUUGGCAUUAUAUUGUGGCUUAUUUUCGAUACUGCAAGAAUGGGAAGCAAUCAGCUGAUUUCCUUUGGUGGCCUUGUGAUGUAUAUUCUCCUAAUGUUUGUGUUCUCCAAACACCCAACUAAGGUUAACUGGCGACAAGUUUUUUGGGGCAUUGGGCUACAGUUUCUUCUAGGACUUCUAAUUCUAAGAACGAAGCCAGGGUUCGAUGCAUUUGAUUGGCUUGGGAUACAAGUGCAGACCUUUUUGGAAUACUCAGAUACAGGGUCAAAAUUUGUGUUUGGUGAUAAGUAUCUGGACCAUUUUUUUGCUUUUAAGGUCCUGCCGAUUGUGAUUUUCUUCAGCACGGUCAUGUCAAUGCUAUAUUUUCUUGGCUUCAUGCAAUGGCUUAUUAAAAAGGUUGGAUGGGUAAUGCAAAUAACUAUGGCAACAACUCCAACAGAAUCUCUAGUUGCAGCAGGGAAUAUUUUUGUGGGCCAGACUGAAUCUCCUCUUCUAAUUAGGCCAUACUUGGAGCACUUAACCAAAUCAGAAAUCCAUGCUGUGAUGACUGCUGGUUUUGCUACAAUUGCAGGGAGUGUACUGGGAGCAUACAUUUCCUUUCAGGUGUCCUCCUCACAUUUGCUAACUGCUUCUGUCAUGUCUGCACCAGCAGCACUUGCUAUAGCCAAGUUAUUUUGGCCAGAAACAGAGCAAGUAAAAAUCAAUAUGAAGCAAGGUCUUCAGCUGGAGAAGGGGGAUGCAAGAAACAUUCUGGAAGCUGCAAGUCAAGGAGCUUCUGCAUCAAUCCCUUUGGUAGCAAAUAUAGCAGUGAAUUUGAUGGCCUUUCUCUCACUCUUAUCCUUUUUCAAUGCUGCCCUCUCCUGGCUGGGAAAUAUGUUUGAUUAUCCACAGUUGAGUUUUGAGAUAAUAUGCUCCUAUGUCUUUAUGCCAUUCUCCUUCAUGAUGGGUGUGGAUUGGGAGGACAGCUUCAUAGUUGGCAAACUUAUAGGAUACAAGACAUUUUUUAAUGAAUUUGUUGCAUAUGAAUACCUGGCUGGACUUAUAACAAAGAGGAAGAACAAUGUGCCUCUCUUCAUUGAUGGAGUGAAGCAGUAUAUGUCGAUUCGUUCAGAAACUAUUGCAACAUAUGCCUUAUGUGGAUUUGCUAAUUUUGGCUCUUUGGGAAUAACAAUUGGAGGACUGAGCUCCAUGGCCCCAAACAGAAAAAGUGACAUUGCCGCAGGUGCUAUCAGAGCUAUGAUUGCUGGUACAGUGGCUUGCUUCAUGACCGCGUGUAUUGCAGGUACUGUCUGA